AUUUUUGUUCCCUUCACCCCCUCUUCUAUCUAUCACCAUCUGACGAGAAAGUUUAGGUUCAAAGUCUGGGUCUAAAAUUCUUUAGUUUAUUAGCGAACUUUAUUUAAUUUUAAGUUGCUGUUUACAUAAUAAGUUAUUCAAUAUGUCUAACAGUAAAAUGUUUAAUGCCCUUAAGAUUCUAAAACGCCGGAAUAAUGUGAAUUUUGUAAACAGGCUACAUAACAGGCACUUUGCGGCCGCCGCCGCUUCACAAGUACAUACAAGAUGUAAAUUGGUUAAUGGAGUGUACGUUAUUACUUUGGAUUCGCCAAAUGUUAAAGUUAACUCACUAAAUGAGGCUGUUAUGGAUGAAGUGUCCAAUAUAGUCAAUGAAAUUGAAUCAAACCCAGCAAUUGAAGCAGCUGUUUUCAUAUCGGGCAAGCCAGGAUGUUUCAUAGCCGGUGCUGAUAUUAGCAUGAUAGAGAACUGUAAAACUAAAGAAGAAGUUGCUAGACUCUCCAGAAAUGGUCAUGAAAUAUUCAAGAGAAUUGAAAAUUCGCGCAAGCCUUUCGUGGCAGCUAUUCAAGGCAGCUGUCUGGGCGGCGGCCUGGAGACUGCUCUGGCGUGUAAAUACAGAAUCGCUGUUAAGGACUCCAAGACUGGAUUUGGUCUGCCUGAGGUGAUGUUAGGUCUUUUACCUGGAGGUGGUGGUACGCAAAGGAUGCCAGCUCUAACAUCCAUUCCGACAACUUUAGACUUAGCUCUCACUGGGAAAACAGUGAAAGCUGAUAGGGCAAAAAAACUCGGUAUUGUGGACCUUUUGGUUUCUCCACUUGGACCAGGUCUUGGGCAACCAGAAACAAACACAAUCAAAUACUUGGAAAAUGUCUCUAUUCAAAUAGCUAAAGACAUUGCGUCUGGAAAAAUAAAGGUUGAUAGGAAUAAGAAGGGACUAGUUGACAAAGUAACCGCCAUGGCCAUGCAGUGGGACUUUGUGAAAAACUUUAUUUUCAAGAAAGCUAAGGAACAAGUAAUGAAAGCAUCACGCGGUCUAUAUCCUGCCCCAUUGAAGAUCCUCGAAGUAGUUAGAACAGGUGUAGACAAGGGCCAGGCGGCGGGCUACGAGGCCGAGAUCCAGGCCUUCGCCGAGCUCGCCAUGACGCCGCAGAGCAAGGGGCUCAUCGGCCUCUUCCGGGGCCAAACCGAAUGUAAGAAGAACCGGUUCGGCAAGUCACAAGUUGAAGUUAAAACGAUCGGUGUUCUGGGCGCGGGUCUGAUGGGCGCGGGCAUAGUACAGGUGUCGAUUGACAAGGGCUAUAGUGUGGUUCUGAAGGACGCCACCAACGCCGGCCUCUACCGCGGCGUGGGACAGAUCCAGAACGGCCUCGUCAACGCCGUCAAAAGGAAGAGGAUCUCGGCCUUACAGAAAGACAAGUUCUUGUCGAACCUGCUGCCAACACUGGACUACAGCAAGUUCAAGAACACGGACUGUGUGAUUGAGGCGGUGUUUGAAGACAUCAACAUCAAGCACAAAGUGAUCAAGGAGCUCGAAGCCGUGGUGCCGAAGCACUGCAUCAUUGCAACCAACACCAGCGCCAUCCCGAUCACCAAGAUCGCAGCGGGCAGCAGCAGGCCGGACAAAGUCAUUGGCAUGCACUACUUCUCUCCGGUGGACAAGAUGAUGCUGUUGGAGAUCAUCCGGCAUCCCGGCACCAGCGACGACACGGCGGCGGCGGCCGUGGCCGUGGGGCUCAAGCAGGGCAAGGUGGUCAUCACCGUGGGCGACGGGCCCGGCUUCUACACCACGCGCAUCCUCUCCACCAUGCUCAGCGAGGCCGUGAGGCUACUUCAAGAAGGAGUCGACCCGAAAGAUCUGGAUAAUAUGACGAAGCAGUUUGGGUUCCCCGUGGGUGCCGCCACACUGGCUGAUGAAGUCGGUAUCGACGUAGGCUCACACAUUGCUGUCGACUUAGCUAAGGCGUUCGGCGACCGUAUCAGUGGCGGUGAUUUGAACAUCAUGCAAGAUUUAGUCAAAGCUGGCUUCAUGGGCAGGAAGUCCGGCAAAGGCUUCUACAUCUAUGAGAAGGGUACUAAGAACAGGGAUGUCAAUCAAGAAGCAGUACAGCUCCUAAAGGAUAAAUACUCUCUGCAACCCCGUGGUGCUAACACUGUUGAAGACCAACAACUAAGGAUGGUGUCCAGAUUUGUUAAUGAAGCAGUAUUAUCCCUAGAAGAGAAAAUCUUGCACAGUCCGCUGGAAGGAGAUGUUGGGGCCGUAUUCGGCCUGGGCUUCCCGCCGUUCACUGGUGGACCAUUCCGGUGGGUUGACCAAUAUGGUGCGGAUAAACUUGUAAAGAAGAUGGAGGAGUACCAGGGAUUGUACGGCGCACCAUUCAAACCAGCUCAGACACUCGUUGACAUGGCCAAAGAUAGCAGCAAGAAAUUUCAUAAGAACUAACAUUUAUUAUAAACUGAUAAAAUGAUAAGCUAUUUUUUU